AUGGAUUAUCGUGAUAUUUUGCUUAUUCUUUUAGCGUGUAUCUGUACGUAUAAUUGCACUUACGCUAAAUCCCACCAGCCCCAGUCAUUAUUAAGAAGGGAUGUAGACAAGAAGUAUUUGUUAAUAUCAUGUGGUGUUAUUACUAAUCCAUAUGAGAAUCCUGUUGAUGUUCAACACUAUACAAUCUAUAAUGUACCAACUCAAUCAGUUUAUACUGAUAUUCCUCAAGACGAUGUUCCUCCAUAUGAAAAAAUUGACGCGAGUAUUGUACCAAAAGCAGAACAGGAAGUUGAAAUAAAAGAGGUUGCAACUAAAGAGCCAAAUGCAGAACCAAAGGAUAAACAAAUCACAGAACAAAAAGAAUAA